AUGUCGACGCAUAGCCACCUCGCCCCGUCAAACUCCUCCGCCCCCAUCGAAACCCUCUCCGACUUUCAGCGCAACCUCGCAAACAGCCGUUCGUUCUCCCAGAACCCUCGCUCGCGACGACACGCCUCACUCGACCUCGGCGUCGCCCAGAUCCGCGCACGAACAGAUUCGGAGGCGCCCGACUCGCCCCUCUCGAGCGGCCGACUCUCGAGCGCAGGGUUUGACGAGAAGCAGCGGUUGUUGUACGAUUCGCAGCUGUCGCCGCUCUACUCGCCGUUCAGCUUUCCGAGGAGGCCACCGUGGUGGAAGAAGAGGAAGAACUUGACGGGCGCUGCGUUUGCUGCGUUGACGCUGUUCCUCCUCGGCGGGAUCAUGGGAUUGUCGCGGCUGGAUGAUCCGCGAGCCAAGCAUUGGUGGGGUGUCAAGGAUGUUCUUCAAGAUUACGGGCUCGAGCUCUCCCACCCUUCCGUCUGCGAGAACCCGUACGCCGAGUUUGGUCGCAUCUCAUCGGACUCUUCGACACCCGAAGGCAACCGCUGGCUACCCUACGACGCCUCAUGCGUUCCUCCGCCCCUUCUCGCCACUCUGCGCUCGACUCUCAAGAAGAAGCCGACCGUUGAGGACUCGCUCGAGACGCUCGAGUUCCCGCUUCCAAAGCGAAGGACGAAGGCGAAGAGGAAGUCGCUGUCGUGGCUCCAGGGCAAGACGGUCCUGCUCUUUGGCGAUCACGUCGAGCGGAACCACAACAAGGACUUCUGCCGCUUCGCUGGCGGCAAGUGGGCCUCGAUCGACCGCGACCACCCUCUCUCGCCUCCACCGUUUGUCAACGGAAUCGACGAGAAGCUGCCUGGCGCCCAGCAGAACAGCUCGAGCGCGACUCGUCCUUCGGUCUGCUACCUCGAGGAGUACGACUUCAUGGUGGUCUCGGUCUUCCACUUCGGCCUCGCCAAUCGCGUCGAGUUCGAGCACGAGUCGCUGCUGUACAACCCGCACUUCUACCCUCCUGUCGCCGUCGACGACCGCCUCACUCACAUCGUCCUGCCUCUCCUCGACUCGCUUAAUCGCACCAAGCCCGACAUGAUCGAGUUCUCUUCCGGCUUCUGGGACCUGCGACACUUCGCCGCUCUCGACGAGCUCGCCGGCAAAGACGUCUUCAGCGAGCUGACCACCGAGCGCCUCGCCUGGUACUCCUCUCGCCUCGUACAUGCGCUCGCCGACCUCUCCUCCGUCUUCCCCGACACUCCCCUCCUCUGGCGCACACUUCACCACACGCCCAAGUUCAACGAGACGAGUCCGGCGCGAGUCGCUGCGCUCGACCAGCUCUCGCGCAAGGUCGUCACGGCGCUCAACGAGGCGCGCAACCGAGCCGGUGCGGAGGAGCGGCUCGACCUCCUCGUCCAGCAUCGGUACGAGGAGGCGCAGGCCGCCUUGCUCGUUGAGCGCUCCGAGGCGGGACGACGAGUCCGUCCGACUGGCCGACGGAAGAAGACGUUCAAGGACCGCAUGUCAAACAAGGCUCCCUUCUUGAACCGCGUCAAAGAGCGCAUCGGCAGCAAAGAUCGGAUCAAGGACGUCAACCUCAGCACGGACGAGACGUCCUUGCGAGGUCUGUUGCGGUUCGACGAGUGGGGCGCGUUGAUGCGAGGGCAGGAGCACACGAUGGUCCACGAAGGGAACGCCGUGUAUACUCCGCCUCUGCCCGGAGGAUACGUCUGGGGCGACCUCAUGCUCUUCGAACUUCGACGAGCCGUCCUCUCGCACCGCCGGCGGCUGCCCUUCCCUUAG